AUGGGGACGGCGCUUCUCCAGCGCGGGGGCUGCUUUCUCCUGUGUCUCUCGCUGCUGCUCCUGGGCUGCUGGGCGGAGCUGGGCAGCGGGCUGGAGUUCCCGGGUGCUGAGGGCCAGUGGACGCGCUUCCCCAAGUGGAACGCCUGCUGCGAGAGCGAGAUGAGCUUCCAGCUGAAGACGCGCAGCGCCCGGGGCCUAGUGCUCUACUUCGACGACGAGGGCUUCUGCGACUUCCUGGAGCUCAUCCUGACGCGCGGCGGCCGCCUGCAGCUCAGCUUCUCCAUCUUCUGCGCCGAGCCCGCCACGCUCCUGACGGACACGCCGGUCAACGACGGCGCGUGGCACAGCGUGCGGAUCCGCCGGCAGUUCCGCAACACCACGCUCUUCAUCGACCAGGUGGAGGCCAAGUGGGUGGAGGUCAAAUCCAAGCGCCGGGACAUGACGGUGUUCAGCGGCCUCUUCGUCGGGGGGCUUCCCCCGGAACUGCGCGCGGCGGCGCUCAAGCUCACGCUGGCCUCCGUGCGGGAGCGAGAGCCCUUCAAAGGCUGGAUCCGCGACGUGCGGGUCAACUCCUCGCUGGCCCUGCCCGUGGACAGCGGCGAGGUCAAGCUGGACGACGAGCCGCCCAACAGCGGUGGCGGGAGCCCGUGCGAGGGGGGCGAGGAGGGCGAGGGCGGGGUGUGCCUCAACGGGGGCGUGUGCUCCGUGGUGGACGACCAGGCGGUGUGCGACUGCUCGCGAACCGGCUUCCGCGGCAAAGACUGCAGCCAAGGUCUGGCGCACCUGAUGAUGGGCGACCAAGGUAUGGGCUCUGCUCCUUUUCCACUCUGCUUCCAGCGUUUUCUUGUUCUCUAG